UCCAGACUUGAAGGUAAUGUACUCAAAAUAUCUUAUCGUAAGAAAAUAGACAGUUCAGAGACUUUUCCACGUUUUAUGAAGACUAUUCGUGUUCUGCAGUUUCCUUCUUCCUUCUUCCUUCCUUUUUCUCAUCUUUGUACACAUAUUUCAUUUUCACUGCUGUUGUUUACGCUUACAUGUUCCUCUCAGUGGACAAGUAGAACUUUGCAUGUCACUAAGGUUGCUUUGCAUGCUGUGGUGCUCACUGCAUCACUUCAUCUCACUGGCAGAGCACUCUUGGAAAAGCAUUCCAAUGGCCCUCUGAGGUUUUUUAAUUGCCUUAUGAGAAUGAGGUGUAAUCUCUUUGAGGGCUGCUUCACCAGCUCUUCUGACACAUUUCCAAAGCAGAGUAAAUGGAAAAUCUUGCCCUACAAGAAACUUGCAAAAGUCACAGAUAACUUCGAUCAAUCUCAUUGUCUUGGAAAAAGAGGCUUUGCCACUGAAUAUUACGGAAAACUUGCGGAUGGGCGUGAGAUUACAAUCCAGUGCUUCAACGAAGACAAGCACCACAUUCUGCAACAGUUUAUCAAUGAAACUACUAUCCUAAAUUACUUGCCUCACAAAAAUAUUGUGUCAAUUUAUGGAUGUGCUUCUCAUCACGAGAAAUCUAUGCUAGUCCAUGAAUACUUAUCCAAUGGAAAUCUUGCUGCUCAUCUUAAAACUGAAGACGAAAACAGCAAAAUUUCUUGGCUGACACGAUUUGAUGUAGCCAUUGAUAUUGCAAAUGCAUUGGACUAUCUUCACUGUUAUGGCAUCAUCCACCGAAAUGUGAAGUCCAGUAACAUUCUCCUAGAUGUGCACUUUUCUGCUAAACUUGCAAACCUUCAUUUAUCAUGCAAACUUCCAGAUGGAGUUCCUGUCUAUGCCGCCCAUGUUACCAAUGAUAUAAUUGGAACAUGUGGUUACAUCGACCCAGAUUAUUUGACAAAAGGCCAGCUUAGUGUAAAAAACGAUGUUUAUAGCUUUGGGGUGGUGUUGUGUGAGCUUCUAUCAUCAAAGCUGGCAAAAUACUGGGUUCUGAAAGAGGAGGACGAUCUUGCUACACUUUUAAGAACAAAAAUUGAAAAGCAAGCUGUGGUGGAGCUCUUGGAUCCAACACUUGACUUCCAAUCUAACCUUAAGAUCAAGAGAAUGAUGACUGCUACAGCUGAGCUUGCACUUUUGUGCAUGCAAUGUCCACAAGAAUUAAGGCCAAGCAUGGAACAGGUGCUAGAGAUUCUCAAAGGUAUAAAGCAAGGGAGACACGAACCAAACACAACAAAAGCUUUGAAAAUCUUCCACCAUGGUGAACUUGAAGAAGCUACAAACAAUUUUGAUACUUGCCUUGGAAAGGGAGGCUAUGGCACCGUGUACUAUGGAAAACUUAAGGAUGGAAGAGAGGUUGCAAUAAAAUGUUUCCAUGAAGAGAGUGAGACAGAAAAGAUCAUUGAGCAAUUCAUGAAAGAAACUGAGGUUUUGGUUUGGUUGCACCAUAAAAAUCUGGUUUUACUUUAUGGCCGGACUUCUCGCCAUAGCAACAAGCACAUGCUAGUGUAUGAAUACAUCUCCAAUGGCACUCUUUCUAAACAUCUUCAUGACUCUUCCUGUGGUAAACUACCAUGGCAUACUAGAUUGAACAUUGCCAUCGAAACUGCAACUGCAUUGGUAUAUCUGCAUGACUCAGGUAUCAUCCACCGAGAUGUGAAAGGGAGUAACAUUCUGUUGGAUGAAAAUUUUACUGUUAAAGUUGCAGAUUUUGGAUUCUCACGGUAUCUCCCAGAUUAUGCAACGCACGUUUCCACUAUUCCAGUAGGAACUCGUGCUUACAUAGAUCCUGACUACUAUGAAUCUGGAAGGGUCUGUGACAAAAGUGAUGUCUAUAGUUUUGGGGUGGUUUUGUUUGAACUUAUAUCUUCCAACUCGCCAAGUUUAAUUGAAGGCACAGAUUACGUUACUCUUGCACAGUUUGCAAAGAGAAAAAUAUUGAACAAGGAAUUGAACGCGGUAGUGGAUCCAAGCUUUUGGUUUGGUGUUGACAGAAACAUGAUGGAAAUGAUAACAGCAGUGGCAGAGUUAGCAUUUCAGUGUGUGCAGUGUCCCAAGGUACUUAGACCAUCCAUGAAACAGGUGCUGGAGACCCUUGAGGGCAUUAGAAAAGGAACAUGGGGAUUCAACCAGAUAACAUAGUCUUUGUUCCUUCUGCCAACAAGCUUGAUUCCUCCAAACCAUUCCUUUGGUUUUUGGUCCAGUAAUUGGAUUUUGGUUGAAUAGAUAUAGAGUUUUUUUACCUUAGUAUAGUAAUUUGAGGUUGGCCAUGCAUCUUGCAAAUGAUGUGCAUGAAAAGGAGGUUUUGAUUCAGGGUGUGUAUGCUCUUGUUUGAUUACUUUUUCUGAGGCACAUUGAACAUUGUUCAAUGUUUACUGUAGUUUCAACAUGUAUAUAUUCUCAUAUAUAUUACACUUUCAAUCAUCUUUUCCUUCAUUCGUUGCCAUAA